ACAAAUAAGAGAGAGAAGGGAGAGAGAGUGUGUAUGAAAGAAUAUAGUGGCAUAGCAAAAGAGAAAGAGAGCACGAGAGAGAGAGAGAGAGAGAGAGAGAGAGAGCAAUUUUAAAGUAAGGAGUAGGAAGAGAAAAAGGAAGUGUCUGUGUGUAAGAGAGAGAAACAGAGAGAGAUACAAAUAGAGAAAGAGAAGCAGAUAGAUAGAUAGAUAGAUAGAUAGAUAGAUAGAUAGAUAGAUAGAUAGAUAGAUAACCUUCUAGAGAAAGAGAAGAAAGAGAGAGCAGUACAGAGGUAAACACAUAUAUAGAGAGAGGUAAAUGUAGAAGGAGAGAGGGAGAAAGAGAGAGAUAGUGGUAGAUAUAGAACGAGGUGAAGAGAGAGAGUGGUAGAGAGAGAGAGAGAGAGAGAGAGAGAGAGAGAGAGAAAGAAAGAGGUGGAGAGAGAGGUAGAGAGAGUAAGAGGUGGAGAGAGAGAGUGGUAGAGAGAGAGAGAAAAUAAGAGGUGGAGAGAGAGAGAGAGAGAGAGAGGGGGGGGUAGAGAGAGAGAGAGAGGUGUAGAUGUGUUGGAGGAUGUGGUUUUCCUGAGCUUGCAGAACGCACCGCUGCGCGCGCGCAUACUUUGAGCAUGAGCUAAACGCGAGCGCGCGCGCAGAGAAAAGUGCGUCCACGCUUCUGGUUCUUGCUGUUUGCCUCGCGCGAGACGCUCUGACCGGGAUUUUAGAGAGAAGAGCACGAGGAGCCUGGCUGACCGUCUUCUGCAUCUGCUUCAUCUUCCUCAGCGCGCGCUCCACACAGCACAGCUGCGGGAAACCUGCUGCCUCCGCGCUCGCUCGCGCCCUUCAUGCGCUGAUCCGCGAGCACUGAGAACUUCCAGCACCUGAGGGUCCACAGCCCCCCAACAGUUGAGGAUCAGAGCAAAGUUGGACAGUAACGAUGGGUUGUGGGCUGAGGAAGAUCCGUCAGACAGACGACAACAGUCCGGGGAAGAUAUACUCCACCCUCAAGAGGCCGCAGGUGGAGACUAAGAUUGGCGUGGCCUACACAUACUGCCACCUGGACUUUCUGAUUGGAAGAGAAGAUGGGACAUCUACUCUGUGUCUGUCCUCGGUGCGGGAGCUGCCUUCCCAGCUGCAGGAUCUUUACCAGCAGGGAUUCGUCCUCACAGCUGUCCACCCGUUUGUCCAUCCGUGUGGUCCAGAGCCUGCAAGUGUCCAGCGGCAGCUUUACCGAGCCGUCCUCACCAAACUGCCUGAAAGCUCUGAGAGGAGUCCGUCAGACUUCGAGCCCUAUCACCUGAAGCUGGAGGAGUGUCUCAGCGCCGACCACGUCCCCACCCCGGAGCACAUCCAGGGCUACGUCAAGAAAAUCCAGGACGCAGCAGAUCAGGGCAUUGUGUUCGCUGGCUUCAUCCAAGAGCCCGCCGGCCUGCACCCCCACACGGCAGGACGAGCAGAUGGAGGCGAGCCAUCGCUGUCUCUACACUCCAGCCCCAGCUCGCUCCGCGGCUCCGAGCUCACGGCCAGUCCCAGCCACCAGGGCGACCCCGACCAGAUAGCUGAGAGCGGGCUGGAGGACUGGGGCAGCCACACGGAGUCCGAGGCAGUGAAAGCAUCGAGAGAAGCAGGUGGAGACGCCCUAUCAGACGGCACCUCCAUCGCAUUAACACCGGAGCCUUCAGAGGGUCUGGAAGAUACGCCGGUGCACAACAACAACAAGGCCAAAGACGCUGAAAAACUGGGCAGACCAUCCGUCGCCAGGAGUGGCGCUGAGCUUUUCGGGCUGUUUAACUACCCCGGCGGGCAGCGGAACCCACUGAAGUAUUACACGGUGAAGGUGCCCCUGAGGGUCCAGCCGAGGGAGGGGGGAGUCCGUGCCGUCGAGGCCAACUGGCUGGAUCACAUGACUCAGCACUUUAACAGUGGGGCAUCGCUGGUGGACGGGUACUUCCAUCUGGGAAACGACAAUGAUCAGCUGCCGAAGGUCACGGACAGCGUCUUCGUCUUCCAGGAAGGCGACUCCAACGCCAACACGACCUACGACGCCAUCGUGGUGGAACAGUGGACCGUCCUUGACGGUGUACAGGUGAAGACGGACUACAUCCCUCUCCUGCAGUCUCUGGCUUCAUUCGGAUGGAGGCUGACCUGUGUAUUGCCCACACCAAUCGUCAAAACCAACAGUGAUGGAAGCCUGUCUACAAAGCAGAUCGUGUUCCUCCAGAGACCAGCACUGCCUCUCAAGAGGAAACAGUCAAAGAAACUCAUCUUCAGAACGCGGAACAAGGCGACCAAGAACUCCAUCAAAGACGCGCCGAAAAACAAGAAGAAGAAAAGCACAGCCGCCGAGAGAGAGCUGGAUGAGGCGCCGAAGGUCCGGGACAGGGUGGAGAAGGAUGCGGCUGAAGAGGAUAAUAAUAAGGACACGAAGAAGAACAAAGGGAAAAACGAGGGAAGAAACAGAGAGAAGGAGACGGUAGAGGUUGAGGAGGAGAAGAGUGAGAAAUGGGUAGAGAAUGAAAGGGAGGUCAGGAGAGAGGUAGGGAAUGAAAUGGAUAGAGAAGAACGAGACGUAGAGGAAAAGCAAGAAGGGUUAGAGGUCAGGAAAGUGCAAGAUUCGACUACUGAGGUUAAAAACGAAGAAACCAAUGAUCUGAAUGCAGAGGCGGAGGUAGAAACAAGACAUACUGACUCAACUGGACUGGAUAGAACAGAGCAGGAAAACCACCAACAGCACACGACGCCAAUCCCAAUCGAGGAAUCCGAACAUCUGGCCGAUUCUGGUAAUUUGGAAUAAUCGCACCAUUUGCCUUGCCUCUGCUUGCAAGGGGCAGGGGCUUUGUGGACAUUUCAUUCAGUACACUCAGUGUACGAACAGGGAGAAAUCUUAAAAAAGCCCAACGCCUGUUCCAGUGACCUCUGAAAGCCCACUCUGACCAUAGCAGUGGGGUAAAAACAGACGUUCCCCACCUGCCCUUGCCUAAGCGUUCAGGGUAAGACCAGAGAUUAUUACCUGUAAAAGCACUGGAUAUGAAAAUUACAUGGAUGUAUCUAUAUAUAUACAUAAGCCCAAAGAGGCCCAGGGCUGACGAAAUAUACUGACUCUUGCGCUGUCCAUUAUCCUGAACCUUACCUCAGUUGAAAAUAGCCUAUGCUGUGUAAGCAGUGGGCGCAUCCAGUGUGCUUAAAUAAGACGAGGAGGAGUAGGUGGCUUGUCGUUGCGAAAGGCAAUCUGCAAUCUGUUGUAAAGAAGUAAAGAAGAUAUCGUUGUGUCCUUCUGUUUACAUAUAUGAAUAUGUUCAGUCACGAUCCCAGCAAGCAUAAAGUAUUAAGUGCGCACUGAGAAGAUUUACAUUGGAAUCGCAUCGCAAAUAUGUGUUUCGCAUUCGAGCUGUCAGCUUUGGGGCCACGUUCUCAAGCCACAGCCGGGGAGAAAUCCAGAGACAAUCUGUGCUGACUCUGCAGCAGACUGUUUGUUUUGACUAUUUUUUUAUUUUAUUUCUCACUCGCCGAGGUAAUGAAUGUCAAAAUCCCAAAAGUCCACGAGUCCUUCGGUCCACAGAAACCAAAAAAAGAAGCCUGAAAAAGUUGGAACAUGACUUGAGAACACGGCAGACAAAUGAGAGCCUAAUCCUGUCCGCCAGAAAACAAGUGUAACCCUGCCGGCAGCAGAACAUCCAGAGCUGAAUCCAUUUGCACGACAUCUCUAAAAAAAAAAAAACAAAUGGGUCUGACCUUUCUUGACCUGGCCUGGGUCCAGGGAUUCAUUAGGCGAUGAGGAUACAGCUGAAUGGCAUGACCUCUCAUUCGUUUGUAAUUAGCAAUGGGAGACCAUCUCAAAUUCAUAAUUCAUUUCAUGGGCUGAUGGUGGAAUGAGAUUUCCUGUACCUGUUAAAUGUUUGGACACACAGAAAUAUAUAUUUGAUCUCAUUAAAAGGAACUCUGAU